UCCUCUUCCAGUAAUACAAAAGACACCAGACUACACUCAUCAUGUCCGACUCCAAACAAGACAACACUUUCGAACCUACCCACCCGUUCAACUUGGAGGACCCCAAGUCGUGGGCCGAGGGGGUCGGGGCGUUGGAUUGGGACAAGACGCACAUCUGUUUUACCAAGAGGAGCUUGUUGGAAUUCCUCAAGCAAAACGGCGUGUCCGUCGGAGUCAACUAUAAGGAACUCGAAAAGUUGCCCAAGUACGCUUCUUUCGGAGAGUUCUCCAGCAAGGCGACCGAGACUGCCGUCAAGGACUUGGUCGAAGCCGAAGUCGCCGACCCUCACUCGGAAGACCAACCUCAACAGAACACCUUCCGUCCUUCCCGCAAAGUCAGGGAACCCCCCGGUGGGAAAUCUACCAUCAACUUUGCUUGGGGCGAACACGAGGAAGAGGACGCGUUGAGCAUGGCCCCGCCUAAACUUGAUGGGGGGAAGGAGGAGAUCUUGAAGCAUACCGAGAGGGAUUCGUUCGGGUUCGUCGUCGGAAAGUGAGGUGCCCGAGACUUUGAACCUUCGGGGUUGAUUGCGGGGUGUUGUAGUAGAGCGUUGUUUGGGGACCGGAUGUUGACAUGCAUGCAUUGUGCUGUGG